CUGCCCUAACUCUGGAGCUCUUCAUGAAACUAUUCACGGAAGAUCUGCAGAUUCCAAGCCCAAGAUUUCUUCAAGUAUAAUUUCAGCAUACAGAAUGGGUUUCAAGAGCUUUGUUACACUUCUGACCUUGCUGGGUCUUGUAUCCGCGCACUUCCAGAUUGAAUAUCCGUAUUGGCGAGGAGAUUCUUUCGCCGCAGGACGAUCCCAGUGGACCUUCCCAUGCGCCGGUGUGAACGAAACCACUGACAUCAAAAACCGCACUCAAUGGCCCACAACCGGGGGCUCUAUUCGACUCCAUGUUUCACAUCCUUGGGCUCUGACAUAUGUCAAUCUUGGCAUUGGCACGAAUGUUUCGAGUUUUAAUAUCUCGCUGGUAACACAGUUCAAUCAGACGGGUAACGGAACGUUCUGCCUCAAGGAGACAGGUAAGGCCGCGCUGGCGGCAGGAUUGGCGAAGUCGGGCCUUGAUGCUAAGAGCCUCGACGGCAAACAAGCCUCCCUCCAAAUAAUCCAGAUCGCAUCAACCGGCGCCUCGCUGUUCAACUGCGCAGACAUAACCUUCAACGCCACCGCCGCCCUACUCCCAGACAACGAAUGCUCUAACUCCACCGGUGUUAGCGGCGUCGGCAUCGUGAACGCUGGAUCUCAGACUAUAGGUGGCUCUCCCAAUGCCACAACCUCAGCUGGAGCUACGAAGUCGUCAGGUGCCGCGGCAGUGCUGAAGCCUGCUGGCUUGUUAGCAGCGGUAGUGGGUGUUGCUGUUGGGAUGAUGUAGGUUAGGUCGAGGAAGAAAGGUAUGGGGAGGAAGAAGUGGAUGAAAGGAUGGCGGAAUGGAGUAGAUAUACCAGUGCAACGCAAUUUGCAAC